GUCACACAGCACGCGGAACACUUCUUUCUAGGGAUCACUGAACUGUAAAAAAAAACUUUUAUAAGAGCAGUUCUUAGAGAUAGUAAGUAACCUUGCAGGAAUUAUUUGUAUGCCACCUCGUUAUUAAACAAGAACCGCUGUGGGCAAAGAAAUUAUGUUUCUUUUUAGAAAAUAUUUAGUUUUACAUGAGCGCAAUUCCCACACGUUAGACGUAAACAAUAUUUGAAAGCGCGCCACAAGCGCGUGACAAGCAAUCGAAUCGUUAUAUUAUUUUCAUAAUAGAUAAAAUAUAUUUUUUAUUUUUGAAAAAUUCGUUCGAUCUUAAUAAUUGUUCAUUUUCAUUUUCGUUUCCGUUUAUUCGAAGACCUGCAUGAAUCAUCGUUUUGAUGAUUUGAUGAUAUAUUUCGACUGGUGGGUCACAUGAGAUAGCGCGGCCUGAGAGAGCGCUUCUCUUCUCCGCAGGCCGCGAGCCAACCAAUCCGCAAGCAAAAAGGGAAUCUGGGCAUGGCACCGCAGUCGCAGUGUAGCUAUUCCCAGUCUUUUAACAGGCGGAGCUAACGCCUGUGCAGGAGAAAUUUAUACACGGAAACAUGCGAAAUAAGUCACUUAAAGUUUCUUUUGGAAACAAAAACCAUAAGUAACUAAAAUAGCUAGCUAGACACGUAACUAUAAUUGACAACAUUUAAACACAUUUCGAAUGGUCGUUAAUUUGGAUAGCGUGGAAACUUGCGAUAUGUAGCUCUCGAUAGCUAGCAGUCGUAGUGUUUUGAAUCGUUUACUGAAGUAAAGGUGAACGCUAGGCUUUUCAGUGAUUAAUCUCGUGUUGUGUGGCUUGCCAGCUCAAGAUGAAAUACCUAUUGCAGGUAAAGAUAGGCGCACUCGUGGGCUUACUGUUGCUCACCCUGUUUAUCGGAUUCAUUCCUGUCCGGAUGAAAUGGUUCAGGGAAACAAGCGGGACAGAAACCCACAAAGUGCUGCUGAGCUUCAUCAGCUGUUUCGCGGGAGGCGUCUUCCUCGCCGCCUGUCUUCUCGACAUCAUUCCAGACUACCUGUCUGACAUCGGGGCGGAGCUGGAUGCACGAGGAGUGGAUACCAGCUUCCCUGUGCAAGAGUUCAUCAUGGCAAUGGGGUUCUUCCUGGUGCUGAUCCUGGAGCGCAUUGUGUUGAACUGUACUGGCCGGAGGGGAGAGGAGAGUGCCCCUCUCCUUGCCCAAACAGGCCAUGGGCACGGGCAUGGGCACGGCACAAAUGAUCUGGAGGGCAGUGCCCAGCAUGUCCACGUCGACUUGCAGGCCCACUCCUCCUUCCGUUCAUUCAUACUCUUCCUCUCCCUCUCCCUCCACUCUGUGUUUGAGGGCCUGGCAAUUGGCCUCCAGUCCACAGAGUCCAAGGUACUGGAAAUCUGCAUCGCCAUCCUGGUCCAUAAAAGCAUAAUUGUCUUCAGCAUGUCCGUCAAGCUGGUGCAGAGUGCAGUCAAGCCUUUAUGGGUGGCGGCCUAUGUGGGCGUUUUUGCAGUGAUGUCACCCCUAGGCAUCGCCGUGGGGAUCAGCGUGAUGGAGGCGCAGCUGGAGUCCAGCGCUCUCAUCCAGUCCGUGCUGGAGGGCCUUGCCGCGGGGACCUUCAUCUACAUCACCUUCCUGGAGAUCCUGCCCCAUGAGCUGAACUCUCCCGAGAGACCGCUGCUCAAAGUGCUCUUCAUCCUGCUGGGCUUCAGCGUCAUGGCCGGGCUCACUUUCAUGGGCUGAAGAGGACGCCCCCUGAAAGAGAGAGAGAGAGAGACUCAGCAGCAGCUGUUGGCACAGGGUGGCCUAAUGGGAUGGGCCAAUGCGCAAGUCCCCUUGCACUUCAGUGAGAUCAUACUGAGACAUUAUACCUUUUAUCUGAAUAGUGAAAACAAAAUGUGCUGCGGACAACCUCAUCUCGUAGAGGCUUUAGUUUAGCUUUUUUUGUUUUAACAUUGCACAACGCCACUGCAAAAUGAUAUUUUAUGGCUUUUAACGAAAGUGCCCAUCUGUUUAAUUUGAAAAUGACUGUUUUUCCUUUCACUUUGUCAUGUCAAAUAGAAUUUUAACUACUUCAUUUUAAUCUGCUAGCUUCUAACUGACAUUAAAUAUAGGAGCAGAUGAUUGUUUUAUUCCAUUUGGAAUGUCAGUAUUUGUAUAUCAGUAACAGUGUUCUGGCUGAGAGACUUUUUAUAUUCACCCCUUAAAUGCCAAAGGUUUUUUAAAUUGUGUUAAGGGGAGCUUAAGGCAAAGUCUAAAAUUGGAUUUACAACAUAUAUAGAUCUGUGUGAAGGCACACACAUUUUGCUCAGAAACUCCUUUUUGCAGUGUCCACACCACUGCCUUCAGACAUGGAUUAAGUGACUCCAGCUUGGAGAAAGUGCCAAAAAAAAUGUUACCCCAGCCUGUUGUGUAACUCUGGUGAAUUGUGGCACAACACAGUUGUAGGGGAUUAUGAUGAAGAUGAGCAGUGCCAGUCUAUGCAAGGAUGUGUCAUCAGUGAGACAACAAUGGCAUAGAUUUUACCAAUGAGGAAAUUAGUGCUUAGGGGUUUGUAGGCUGAAACUGACUUGAACAGUAGGAUCAAGAAGGCUCAGUAACAACUGAGCUGUGUCCAUUUAGUUAGGCUGAGCUUAUGCAGGUCUUAUAAUCGCUGUUUUCUGUGCCCACUGUGGUAUUUAAGAUGGGCAAUAUUUCAUAACAUUUUGUAAUGUCCAAGUAUAUUAAUACAGAGUCAUUGUGUAUGAUAGGGUCAUUUAAAACAGUGUAUUGCCUGAAUGCUUUAGUGUGUGUAGAGCCUAUGGCAAUCUGUACCUACCAGGAAUUUGUAAUAUAUGCAGCAACUUGGUCCCUGGCUUGCAUGGCAUUGCUAGAUCUUUUCCACCUUUUGUAUUAUGUGGAAGUCAUGGGCUUAUUCUGUCUGAAAUAAGGUUUUUUAUGUAGUGAUGGUGUUGCAGCCGCAAGCCUUGCUCACGCAUACCCUUUUUAUGGCACACAAGCAAUGAAUCCAUUCUGUGCGUAUCCAUGUACGUAUAUUGUAAAUCAUAUUUAAUUGUAUAUUUUGUUCAUAGUUCUAAGUUUUAGUAAAUACUGAGGCACAUGACUGUUUUAGACUACUGGAAACAAAGGGUUGUGUAAAUUGACUUGCAUCUUAACUGAAUAUACAUUUUUAUUCAGUCAAAUCAGGUUGAGACCCGAAUACCUCUGUUUGUGCUGGUAAUGUGUAUCAUCUUUGUAAGUGUUUACAUGCUAUAUGUUGCACUGCUCUGACAUUUGUUAUUGUAUCUGUGAAGAAAUGCAUACAUGAAUGUGCAUAGACAUAUCUGUCCUGCAGAUGAUUUUUUUUACAUCUCAUGUUAUUUCAAAAACAGCCGUUGAACACAGCUGCUAGUGAUUUUUAAGUUACUUUUGUAAAGGAGUAAACCCAAACAUCUUUAAAAUGUCUUAACUUUUAGGCAUUCAUAUUAUCCAGUGCUUUUCACUAUCAUGCAAUGUAAAAAAUACCAGAUAUGGUGGAUUUUAGUGGGUUUCCCAGAAACCUGAGGUUUUCACUCAUUUGAAAAGCAUCUAGGAUCUAGAUGCAGUUUGGUUAUUCAGUUUACAAAAUGGCUUUAAUAUACAGGUACCCUAGAGGAUUGCCGGAGUGUCCACAGUUCAUGUGACUCUAGCCUUGGUUAUCAUCCAUGUGUCAAAGCAACCAGACAGCUUUGCAUGUCAUGUGUCUGAACUGAGAAGUGUGCAGGGACUACAGGAGCCCUACUUUUAGCUACCAGUCACAUAGGAGAAACCCCCUACUGUUGCCUUUGUUUGGCCUUGGUGCCUGAGGGUUCUCACUGUAGAGCGUGGCUGCCAUCAACCAUGUUGUCAUGCUUUAAUAAUAAACUAGAAUACAUGUCUAGUGUGUGAGCCACAUCCGUAGUUCAUUGGCCUCAUUUUCAGUUCUGUAGCAUUUGAGAGAAACAAAAAAGGGAGGAAGCUGUACUGCGAUAUCUCUGAAAGCAUCUACAAAUCAAAACUGAAACUAAACGGGGCAGUAAAGUGAAAGAAUAAUGGCAGAUGCAGGAGUGUGUGUUUAAAAACUGAUACAGUAUAUUUUGCACUCCUAUAAACUAAGUGAACAGUAAGCCCGUGUAUGAAGGUGUACCAAACCUGUGGUAUUUUACACUAUCUUCCACUUGAUAUUACUGCACUGAUAAGGUACCAUUUGUGCUACAAUAACUCUGAGUACCUGGUGAGGGAAUACUCUGGCCAAACUGCAUUCCCUCCCGUUCCUGCAUUACCAGUGUUCACCUCCAUCACUGUCCCACAUUUGACUGUGACACGGAAUCAUGUGAUCUUACAAGCUUUGCUGCAGCCUGUUUUUUGCCUCUUGCCUUACAUUUAUAUAUCAUGUUUUGUCGCUGUCUUUUUUGUCUCCAGCUUCUGGUGGUGCUUGAUUUGAAAACACGAUUUCCUGUGCAUUAGAGUUUGUGCCAUUCAGCUAGUUUUAAUGACUCAUCACUGCCCCCUGCUGAUUGGCGUAUCUGAAGUGUGCAGCUUCACAUAAAUACCGUACAUUUCUAUUAGGUAAAAUCUAUGGCCUGGUUCCUCUUUAAGUAAAUAUGUUUCUACAUACAGGAUAUCUAUGCACCUGUACAAUACAAAUUAAUUUUGCACUAUUAAAUAUCCAUUCCAUCUAAA